ACAGCUCCUCACUAAAGCGGACGCUGACCGCUACGCCACAAGCACUUCUUUAAUACAAGUAUGCAACGCUUCCUAUUAAUACAUCCUUGGUGCCUCUCCUACCAAGCUAAGUAAUUUAUUCAAUAAUAUAUACUCGGUUCCACGCCAUGAAGAGGCAUCACCACCAUGUUAGGAUAUUCUCAAUAAAGUUCUAUGCUCGUAUUUAUGCUCUAAAUAUAUUUGGCACUAGCCACUUGCUUCUUUAUCGGAUACUUGAAGACUCACGCCUCCGACAUCCGGGUUAGGCUCGAAGACUCUCGCCACUGAGCGAUGCUCCCUCCGGGGAAUGCUUCUCGCCUCAUAGCGAUCCUCCCUCGGGGAAAUGCUUCCCCCUUCCGAACGAUGCUCCCUCCGGGAACAAUUCACGCUGUCCACCUCCGGCAAAGGCUCGAAGACCGCUUUUAGACUUACGCGCUUCUUAGGAAGCGAAGGAGCGAGCGACGCGCUUCUCAGGAAGCCGAGGAACGACGCACUUCGGAGGAAUCCGAGGGAGCGAUGCGCUUCUCAGGAAGCCGAAGGCGCGAGGCGCUUCCCAGGAAGAUGAAGGAGCGAUGCGCUUCCCAAGAUGCCGAGGAGCGAUGCGCUUCUCAGGAAGCGGAGGUAGCAAUGCGCUUCCCAAGAAGCGAAGGAGCGAUGCGUUUCGAGGAAGCCGAAGGAGCGAUGUGCUUCCGAAUGAGCGAUGUACUUCCCAAGAAGCGAAAGAGCAAUACACUUCCCAGGAAGCGAAGGAGCAAUGCUCUUCCCAAGAAGCUGAAGUACUAAUGCGCUUUCUUGGGAACGAAGGAGCAAUGCGCUCCUCCAGAAGCAAAAGGAGAAGCGCACCCCAGGAAGCCGAAGAAGCACUAAGCUUUCCAGAAAGCUGAAAGACUAAUGCGCUUCUCAAAAGGCGAAGUACUAAGCUUCCUAGAAGAGAACAGUUGAUCUUGCCUCACACAACUAAGACAUUAACAAGACACAUGACUUUCUGGCAACAUGGACGCGACAUUGGUAAGACACGAAACAAGAGUGUCUUGAGUUAAAACCCUCAAGCCGUGGGGGCCACCCUACAUAGGUCGUAAUUAUGGUCUACUAGCGCUAACAACAAUGGACUAGCGAAGGAACUCUUGACGAUUUGAGAGCUUUGGUUCAAGACAUCGAAAGUCAAGCAAGGGGCAAAGGAAAUGAUCACGCAACUCGCACAAGGGAAAACCACAUCAUCCGGAUUCGUAAGUAAGGCAAAUUAAUCCACGAUUAACGCAUUAUGUUACUCCUUCCAUUCUUACAGAAUACAAGAAGUAAAGGGGAAAUUGUUGGGAUAUGGAUUAAUAUGCUUACACGACUAUAAACGGGCCCAAGCUCACCGCAAGGUGUCCCGGGCCCAAGCCCACUUAAGGAGGCUCCAAGCUCUAUAUAAGGAGGCCAAAGCCUCCAAGCCAAAUAAAAAAUCCUCUUCUUCCCUUCCUCACUUUCCCCUAAGGUCUCUCUCAUACUUUAUCUCUCUAUAUACCAUACACUCUCAUAUAUCGUACUAACUUGGGCGUCGGAGCGUAGAUUCCGGGGGCCGCCCCUCGCCUCACAGGUUCUUCCACUCCCGAGGAGAUCGGACGAGAGAGUCUAGAUCGGAGCCCCAUAACCGCCUAGUUCUUUCUAGGCUCAUACAGAAAAGCUUUUGUCAUUCUAACGAUAGUCAUUAGUCAAAUUCAUAAUAUGGUAUAGUAAUAAUAAAGUGAUACUAGUCACUUUGUGAUGUAUACAUUACAUAUAUUUAUGGCGACCUCUUGAUUUUUUCUUGUGUACAUACCAUUAAAAUCUAGUUGCUCAAUUGAGAAAACAAAUAACUUACAGAUCCGAACUUUUUGUUCGUCCCAUAUUAUGGUCCGGUCCUUGGUCCUAUGAAAUUUAAAAAUACAGAAGAAAAAUGUACGAAAUUUACAUUUGGACAGACAAAAUGGACUAAGCGAAUCAAAUGCAUUAUUGGUUCGAUACUUGAUCCUAAAAUAUCUUUCACUAUUUGAUCUCGAUUCUCCUGUAUUUGGGCCGAUCGAGUCCGGUGCCCACCCUUACCUGUAGUCCAUGAAGCAACCCGGGAGCCCCAGCUAAUACUCUUUUGAGCCCAAUGAUGUACCUUAAAUGGGCUCAAGUUUUUAUUUAUCAGACCAUUUUAAAGAAAGUACCAGGCCCAAU